CGACCCCGUCGCCUCCGCGAACAGCGAACAUGAACGCUCUGCGCCUGACCGUCCUCGCGGCGACCAUCGCUUAUGCAUCUGCCCAGCAGGGUACCUGCGAGGUUUGCCAUCUUCACUACUACCACAAGGACGUUUCCCACGCCGAGAUCUGGGGCUCCGAUGUCUCCAUUUGCAAGGAGUACGAACACGAGGCCUGCUGCACCAAGGAUACCGUUAAGAAGAUCGACGUCAACUCCAAGCUCUACGGUGAUUACGAUCUCGAUGCUUGCGGCCUGAGUUCCAGCUGCAAGAAGUUCUUCAUCGAGGAGUCCUGCUUCUACGAGUGCGACAGGAAUGUCGGCAAGUGGCGCAAGCACGUCGACUGCGACGACGCUGGCGAGGACAACGGAUGGGAGAUCAAGGGCAUGCCCGUCAAGGCGUCCUACUGGGACGCAUGGUAUGAGGCCUGCAAGGACCAAUACUUCGCCUGGGGUCCCGGCGGCAGCUACUGGGACAUCCCCAAGUUCACUACCGACUCCUACAGGGGCACCGGCCACCGCGGGCAGAGGACUGCGUACACCUCCUGCUCCAAGUUCAGCGACACCUACAAGAACGGCACGAUGGUCGCCGAGGUCAUGUGGGGCGGCGCCUUCACCUACGAGAAGGACGAGUCCAAGGCCUACGUCAUGACCUUUCCAGACGGCACGGCGAACCCCAACAACGCCCUCUUCACCGAUAAGGAAUACCCGAGGGAGUGCGCCGGCCACGAGGUCAACCUCACUCACCCCGGCGUCGACAUUAUCACCGGCAACAGGGUAUCGUACUCCGAGGUUGCCUGCCCGAGCGACUGGCACAAGGCUGCGAACUCCGGCAUAUCCGAAAGGAGCUCCCGCGGUACCCUCAUCUGCGACUCGGAUCUCAACACCGCCAAGACCGAACUCGUCUCUGGCACCAAGUGCAAGGCGUCCGGCACCACCUGCCCCGCCACGUGCAAGGCCCUCCUCGACGAGGUUGAGGUGGAGUGCUUCGGCAUGGAGUUCACCUACACCCCCGUCGGCGGCACCGAGACGUACGGCAAGUGGAACACCGAUAAGCUCGCCUGGUACGACAUCGCGGAUGCCGAACGCGUCAAGGCAAAUAAGACGGACGCCUGCGAUGCCAUCAUCGACCAGUACAUCCUGGCGGCUACUCCAUCCCCCGCGGGUAUCAUCCGCGCGCCUCUCAUGGCCAUCAUGGGCUUCGUCGUCGCCGCACUCCUCGUGAUUGCGUAAAAGCCCACUUUUUUUUCUCCUCGCGUGAAAAUUAAAACAACCAUUCUUUGACGGCACUGGGGGUGUCCGAGGCUCUUACGAGCCGAGGGCUGAGAUCAUACCCUUAUUCACCGGAUCGCGGUAAUGCGCGCGUCGGGAAGUGCUUCACUUUGCGGGUCAAGCUCUGCUUGGCUCGCGGAGCGCUGUACUGCUACGCUGCCGGUCUGAAGAGAUUUCAACUU